AUGUGUCGUAUUGGAUGGAGUCCUGACUUGGCCAUAGCUGCUACUACUACAGCUACCAAGUGUUUAGCUACAUCAGCACCAGGUGUGAAUGUGUAUCAAUCAAGUACGAAUAAUUCAGUGUCACUUAUUGAUGACGCAAUUCAACAAUGGGUUAUUGAGACCUCCAUGACGACGCUUAAGACACUGACGCAACCAGGUGCUUCGGAUGUUGAGGUUGGUCAAGGCACGUAUAAUUUGUACUCGCAGAUUCUUUGGGCCUCAACUACGAGUGUUGGAUGUGCUGUUGCGAGCUGUCUAGGUGGUCAAAUGGUCGUCUGUGAGUUCUCACCAGCAGGAAACGAUGGAUCUUCUGCUUGGUAUAUUCAUGCCAACACGGCAUCAAAAUGUCCAUCAGGAACGACCGCAUCGCAAGGACUGUGCAUUGUAGAAGGAGAUGCUGCUAAUGAUCCGAUUGCUCCUAUUCCUGCUGGUAAAUUGACGUACGAAGUGUACCCGGCCUACGUCGCAAACAUGCAGACUUUGUUGAUCGAGACGGCGCGUAGCAUUGCCAAUGGUCAAAAACCACAAGCGAUACCGUCGUCUCCUACAGAUACGACACCUGUGCCGAUCUCUGCGACUUCCGAGACGUCUUUAAUUAGCGCAAUGGAAAAUGGCAGUCUUACUGCAAUGGAUAAGACUGAUAAGACGUCAAUGUCGACUUCAGGCUAUUCGAACUCCAGUCCGAUGGCGUCGUCACCUUUAACAAAAAUUGAUAAGGCGCCAACGUCGACUUCAGGCUAUUUGAACUCUAGUCCGGCGGCGGCGUCACCUUCAGCAGAAACUGGUACGACUUCAACGUCGACUUCAGGCUAUGCGAACUCUAGUCCGACGGCAUCGUCACCUUCAACCGAAACUGAGAAAUCGUCAACGUCGACUUCAGGCUAUUCGAACUCUAGCCCGACGGCAUCGUCACCUUCAAUCGAAACUGAGAAAUCGUCAUCGUCAUUGUCGACUUCUACGAAAACGGAAAAACCCACGAUGCCAUCGUUAAGCACGGAUCCGUCUUCGAAGUUUUCACCGAAACAAGAUUCACAGUCGACAACGCCGUUGCGGGAUAAAGAAGACACGGGACCGGGAACGGUCAAGGCAAGCUCGGGAAGUGGGUCGACGUUUAUGAAUCAGGACACGUCGAGUAACAUUGACGAUCCCCCAAGUAUAAACAGUGACGAGAGUAAAGUUUUUCCUCCAACGUCCAAGCCAGGCGCUGCAACCAGUAUCAAUAAUAAGACGAGCAAGUCUUCUGGAUCUGGUAUUUCUGUUGCGGGGAUGGCUGGCAUUGCCAUGCUUACUAUAGUAGUUUUCGGCUCUAUCGGCGUGGUUAUCAGCUACAAGAGAAACCAGCAGCGUCAGCGCGAGAUCAUGCGCGAUGGAGGCAUUCGGAUCAUUUAA